AUGUCUUCGGUGUCCGCCCUUUACAGACGAUAUCUAUUAGUUUGCAAUCAAUGGUCUAUCGAUACGACCAAAAGUGGUCGCGAUUUUGGCACUCAUUUACGACAACUCAUCCCAAAGCUGUUCCCGAACUCCGAGUUGACACAAAUCAAGACAAAUGAAUUGAAAUCAUUGGACCAACGGAUCCAGUCGUUGGAGAGACUCAACAAAAACCUAUACUUCAAGCCGUCGUUUCAGUCCUCGUCGGCCAGCGGUCUAACCGUCGAUGAAUGCAAACAAAGCAUAUCCACCGAUAAUCUGAAGCAAUUGGCCAUUGAUUACGAUUUGUCCACUUUUGAUCGCAUCAAACUCACCUUCGGAUCCAUUAGAUUUACUAACAAAUCUCAAGACCAAGACUUACGCAACGAUAAACACAUCCAAAAGGACCGCAAAUCAAACUAA